AUGUCUAAAUACUGUGCAACCGAAGGCCACAUUCUAUAUAAAACCCUCAUUAGAGAUGCAAUGAGGCAAGCUGGUUUCUCUUUGAAAAAGGAGGAUCCGACCGCAGUUCUUGUUUGGUGGGAUGAUUUGAGAAAAAAGGAUUUCUACGGCCAAUUAAAGCCAUGGCAAAUCGUUAACAGAUUCCCUAUGAUUAACGUUAUAUGCCGAAAAGCUCCUUUCGUUCGCUUAUGUCAGCGUACAGCUCAAACUUUCCCAUCACAAUUCAAAUUCUUACCGAAAAGCUUCCUCGUUCCAAUACAGCAAGAGCAGUUCAAUGCUGAAGUUCAUAAAAACGAAAAAAGAUUCAUUGUUAAACCAGAUCGAGGCUCUCUCGGCGAAGGAAUCACUUUUGUUGAAAUUGGUGAUGAGCCACCCGCAAUUGAGAGAUUGUGCGUUGCUCAGGAAUACAUUCCUUCUUUAUUAAUUGAUGGCUACAAAUUUGACUUCAGAAUCUAUGCUCUUGUAGCUUCAGUUAAUCCACUCCGUGUCUACGUUUACAGGAACGGCGUUGCGCGCUUCUGUUCUAAGAAAGCAACAGAGAAUUCCGUAUUUUCAGAAUUGACCAACAAAUCACUUAACAAGAAGAACCCAGAUGUUAUCAUGACACAGAUUGUUAAGAUGAUUGCCGAUAUCAUGACAUCACUUGAACAGCAAGGCCACAAUACACAGCAUCUUUGGCAGAAAAUCGAUCGUGCAAUUGUUUCCGCUGUCAUCACUGCAUCCAAAUUCCUUCAGCAAGGCAUGAAUAAGCAAUGCCCGAAGAUUGGAUACCAACGAUGCUUCCAAAUCCUCGGAAUUGACGUUCUCAUCGACAACGACUUCAAUCCAUACAUUCUCGAGUGCAACUACCGUCCAUCCCUCGAAACAAAUACUCCUUACGAGCGGAAGAUGAAGAUGGCCAUGCUAUCUGACGCUAUGCAGAUCAUGGCUCCAUCGCAAGAGCUCCAGGAAUACGUCACUAAGAACUACUCCGAACAUCUUGCAGAAGAUUGGCCAGAACUCAUGAAAACUGACCCAGAAUUAAUCGACGCGAUCAAUAAAACAGUCAACAAGCCACCACAUAGCUUAGGAGGCUUCAACCUCGCAUAUCCAUGUGAUAACGAAGCUCAAAUGAAGAAAUGGGAUCGAAUGAUUACAUUUGUCGGAAAAAUGCCUACAGAACUUAAGACUCGCUACUUCCUUCCACCAGCAUUGAAGAAACCAGCAGCUAGAACAACCACAGUUCCAGCACCAGCCGCUCCAAUCGUUGAAGCUACACAUGAUGACCGAAUUGACGGACUUUCCAGCGGAUCUGACCUCAAAGAUGAUCCAAAUGAAGGUGCAGAAGUCGACAAUGGCUUCGUCCCAGUCAUUGACGAUGAAGGUGGCGAAGAUGUUGCUCCAGAACUCUCUGCUCUUUUCAUCAACCAAAUCAUCCAGGAGAAAGGACACAUUCCAAGGAAAGCGAGAAGAGCAGCGGAACAGGGACUUCCACUGACAACUUCGGACAUCGUCGGCGGCCCAGUUGAAGGAAUCAGGAGAGUCGGAAGACCAGUUGUAAGAAGAAGCACACAUGAUGACGACGAUGAUAUGUAA